GGGCUUCCACUAUAAAUGCGGCGUUGGCGCGCGGCGUCGCGCGGACUCUACAGCUGCGUCACUGGUACCAAGGAAGCGCGCUCGCGGAAUCGUCGUAUCCCCCCAUCUGUUCAUCAUCCUUUCAGCAUGAGUGAGAGACCAGGAUCCGGAGCACCAACUGGACUCAGUAAGCCCUCAGGGGUUGAAGAUGCAUCCAAGAAGGACGUCCCUCCUGAGGACUUUGACAUCGACAUGGACGCCCCCGAGACGGAGAAAGCCGCCGUCGCCAUCCAAUCACACUUCAGAAAGUAUCAGAAGAAGAAGCAAGACACGAAGCCGUAGGCCGAGCUGGAUGAAAGCGGCUCAGAGCUGUUUGCAUGUUUAAUCAAGCGCACCGUCAUGGACUCGAGGGUGGGGAUUAUGGUGGUGGUGAUGGAGGGAAAAGGAAGUUGAAAAGAUUCAUCGUUUCAUUCAUCCAUCCAUCUGGAAUGAUAAGCCUGAUCGUUUCAGAUACGAUUCCCUUGUCUGUCUGUCCAUCUGUCUGUUUAUGCUCUGUAUUUUGUUUUCAAUUCUUUCUUUUUAAUGCUCGUCAGUGCUAAAAGAAUAUUUCACUCUGUAGUAUGUUAUCACUGUAAAUCUACUCCCUAUGACUACAGUGUUAAUUGGAGGGAGAAAUAUCCAGAUUCUGAGCAAAUCAAAUCAAUCAUGUUCCUUUUUAUUUGACUGACUGAGCCACUGGUUACUCUAUUUAUAUUAUUUUUUUUGACAUGCUUCAUCACUGUGUCUUGUGCUUUAACCUUCAUCGUAAAACUAGGAAGAUUUUCAUCAUGUGCCAUGUGCUACACUAUACUUUCCACCCAACACUUUGAAAUGAUAUACUGCAAAUAAAUAUUUAAGAACAGA